AUGUACGGGGGCUACGGUGCGUCGAGUGGUGGGGGGUAUGGAUCGGGGAGCACCGGCACUUACGGCUACGGCGCCAGUAGCAGCGGCUACGUCGGGGGGGGAUACGGCGGUGCGUACGGGGAUGGCGGGUACGGAGGAGGAGGCUACGGAGCGAGCUCGUACGGGGGAGGGAUGUACGGCGGCGGGCGUCCGAGCGGCGGCGGCGUGGGAAUGGGGGGCUAUGGCUCCGACUCUCUCGGCUCAAGGCUGCAGCGAGUCGACUGGAAGGCCGUCGAUCUCGUCCCAUUCGAGAAGAACUUCUACGUCGAGCACCCUGCCGUCGUCAACAUGUCUACGGAGGAGGCUGAGAGGAUUCGCCGCGCCAAUGAAAUCACCAUCGUGCACGGUCAGAAUGUUCCCAAGCCCGUCCCCACUUUCGAAUACACCUCAUUCCCGUCGUACAUUCUGGACGUCAUCAACCAGACCGGUUUUCAAAAGCCCACGGCUAUUCAAGUCCAGGGGUGGCCGAUUGCGCUCUCUGGAAGGGACAUGAUCGGUAUUGCGGAGACUGGUAGUGGAAAGACUCUGGCUUUCCUGCUCCCUGCCAUCGUCCACAUCAAUGCGCAGCCGUACCUGAAUAAGGGCGACGGACCGAUCGUCUUGAUUUUGGCUCCCACCCGCGAACUCGUCGAGCAGAUCCGCUCUCAGUGCCGCACCUUCGCAGGCCCUUCAAAGAUUCAUCAUGCUGUCGCGUAUGGUGGUGUUCCUAAGCGGCCUCAGAUUAUGGAACUCGAGCGGGGAGCCGAGAUCUGCGUCGCUUGCCCAGGUCGACUGAUUGAUUUCCUCGAGUCGAACAUCACCAACCUCCGCCGUGUGACGUACCUGGUCUUGGAUGAGGCAGAUCGCAUGUUGGAUAUGGGUUUCGAACCGCAGAUCCGGAAAAUUGUUUCUCAGAUCCGACCUGAUCGCCAGACGCUCAUGUGGUCGGCGACUUGGCCGAAGGAAGUGCAGAACUUGGCGCGGGAUCUGUGCAAGGAAGAGCCUGUCCACAUCAAUGUUGGUAGCCUUGAUCUGAAGGCGUGCCACAACAUCAAGCAGGAGGUCAUGGUUCUUCAGGAGUAUGAGAAGCGCGGACAGCUGAUGAGCCUGCUCCGGCGCAUCAUGGACGGCUCGAAGAUUCUGAUCUUCGCAGAGACCAAAAGAGGCGCGGACAACCUGACGCGGGACAUGCGCGUCGAGGGCUGGCCUGCGUUGUCGCUCCACGGUGACAAGAAGCAGGAGGAGCGCACGUGGGUGCUGGAUGAGUUCAAGAACGGCCGCAACCCGAUCAUGGUGGCGACGGACGUCGCCUCACGUGGGCUCGACGUGAAGGACAUCCGCCAUGUCAUCAACUACGACAUGCCGAAUCAGAUUGAGGACUACAUCCACCGCAUCGGGCGCACAGGGCGUGCGGGCACGAAGGGGUGUGCGUACACGUUCUUCACUCCGGACAAAUCGCGUCUGGCGCGCGACUUGGUUCGCGUCCUGCGGGAAGCCAAUCAGCCGGUUCCCUCUGAACUGGAGUCCAUGGGCAGCUACUCGUCCUCCGGCUCGGGUCGCAGAUGGGGCGGCGGUGGCGGCCGCGGAGGUGGUCGCGGCGGCUUCCGGAGCGGCGGGUUCGGCGGUCCCAACGCGUUGCCGCUGGGCUCCAGACCGUAUUAG